AUGGCGAUGCAAGGUGGGACUGCACUUCAGGAGGAGGUCAUUCGGAUGUUGAGCAGAAAGCAGAAAAAGCUAGCUCUGAAACCCAACAAGCCGCUGUCUCUGAAAGAUGAGGUUGCCAACAGGAAAAUUAAGAAAGGAGAGGCCAUGUGUAUCACUGAGAUGUCCAUGAUGAUGGCAUGCUGGAAGCAGAACAACUUUGCCGAUGCCCUGUUCCAAUCCUUCUACAAGUGUGUUGAGAAGUCGCAGAUUGCAGUGAAAGCCAUAUCAGAGCAACACAUCAUUGGCCAAGGGGGAUGCCUUCAACCAAAACAAGCCACUACCCUGCUGAAGUGA